UUGCAGUGACUAAUGCUAUCACCACCACCACCACAACAACAACAACAACCAGUAGUAUUGUUAGGAGCCCCACUAGCACUCCUGUACGCACCAUUCGCAUUUUCACGGGACUCGGCGCCAUGUUUGACUGUAACAUCGUGGCAGCGUCCUCGGCCAUAACCCGGUGGACGCACAACGGGAUCGUUGUCACGGGAGACAACAACAACACCAGGGUGUCUCACGACGGGCAGAACUUGACGAUUUUGAGCGUAACGACAACGGACGUGGGCGUGUACUGCUGUCUCGGAGGGAAUGGGACAGAACUGGAGUGGUCGUCAUGCACCAGGCUAGACGUGAGAACAGGACCCCAGAUUACAAGACCACCUAUCAACGUGACUGCCCUCGCUAACACUCGAACAUCGCUACGCUGCGGCGCGACAGGCAACCCCAGCCCGGUAGUGAUCUGGGAGCGCGAGGGUUACCCCAUCGAGAUCGACCAAAGGAAGAGUAUCCUUCCGUCGGGAAACCUCCGGAUCAAGGAACUGCAGUUAAGCGAUGGGGGACGGUAUCGAUGUGUGGCCAGUAAUGAAUACGGGCAGACUUACUCCAACUAUGCCUACCUCACAAUACAAGUCCCAGCUGAGAUGCUGCAGGGUCCAUCUAAUAGGAACGUGUCCUUCGGCACCGAGGUGACACUGUCGUGUUUUGUGUGGGGCAUCCCACAGCCCAACAUCACCUGGUACAAGAACAGCAAACCUCUGUCUCCGAGGUUCUCAACCAUACAAAAUAUCAAGAGACUGAUCUACCCAGAGACCAACACCACAUACACGGAGUCCAUGUUGACAGUGAAGGCCACAUCACCAUCUAACUACACCUGCGAGGCACGAAACCAACACUCUGGCGGGGUCACCGUACUCCGUAGGACAGGGCGAGUCAUCAUCACAGACAAGAGUAAGUACCAGAGCCCUGCGGGCUACUGUGCGCCGUACUCUGGCAGGAUGUGUCGCCGACACGUGGGCAGCCGGAUGGUGUGGUACAACAGCUCGCUGGAGAACCCCGAGCAGCAGAACGAGGCCAUCGUGCGGGCGCUGGAGAUCGAGCUGCUGAGCACGGUCAGCGGCAUGUGCCGUCCCGUGGCCGAGGCGCUGCUGUGUCACUACGCCUUCCCCAACUGCGACACAGACACCGGCGUGCCGCGCCCCGCACCUCUAUGCAGAGAGCAGUGCCUUGCCGUGCAGAACAUUUUAUGUUUCCAGGAGUGGUCCCUUCUGAUGGAUAAGAAACGUUCGGGGAUUUACCUACGUUCCCGCGGGCACUUCCGCCUACCGGUCUGCGCGGACCUGCCCAGCGUUUUCAACGGCACCAGGGCCUGCUCCAACGCUUCUGUGUUUGAGAUGAAGUCUGAGAUGGUGACGGUUGACUGUUACCGCGGGAAGGGCCGAUAUUACCAGGGUACGCUGAACGUGACAGAGUCAGGAUAUCCCUGUCAGCCCUGGGCAGCUCAGGUGCCACACAAGCACGAUCGCCUACCCGAGUACUUCCCGGAGUUACAGAACGCGGAGAACAGCUGCCGUAACCCCGGGGGUGAGGAACCCCAGCCCUGGUGCUACACCACCAACCUAAGCACCCGCUGGGAGAAAUGCAACAUCCCCCGCUGUGAGGAUGGCCCCCCUCCUCCUCCUGUGCCUCCCUCUGCAACAGAUAGCUCCAACUCUUCUGUCCCCUUCCAUCGCGUCACCACAGCCCCUUCUCAGGCAAAUGACGGCCGCUCACCUACCGAGGCUGUUGCAGGGACUACCCAGAGGCCCCCUGUGGUACCUGAGGGUACCGCUAACCCCAAAUCAGACAACUUCACCAUUCCGCUGGACUCGGUGGCGACAGAGGAACUUCAGGUAGCGGAGAAGAACAUCGUCCUGUCGUCCACCACGCUGAUUAUCGUGAUCUCGGCGGUGUCGGGCUGCGUGGUGCUGGUGUUGGUGGUCUGUAUCCUCAUGAUGUGUAACAAACUCCUCAAGCAGUACAGCAGAAACGCCUCUGCUGCCGCGCAAGCUGUCAGCUACGACCUUCCUCCUCCUCGUGCUUCCAGCUUCCGCUCCUGUCCCUCCCCGCUUUCCUCUGUGUAUUGUAGCUCGCUGCGUCCGCGCUCCCUGCCCUUCUAUCCCCACUACAGGAAGGCGGAAAAGGCAGCUUCGGAAACCCCUGUUACCAAGUUUGCCACCAGUAACGGAGGGGGCGGCCUUCCUCCAUGUAACACCUUCAAUUCUAUACGUGGUCCGUCCCCCCCUCCCCUCCCUGAUGAGUUGAUGUUGGAUAAGCUACCAGCUAACCCCAUGUACCACCGCUCCGCCCCGACUCUCAUGAACCCCAAACUGGAGAAACUGGAGUAUCCCAGGAACGACAUCAUCUUCAUACGAGACCUGGGGGAGGGCGCAUUCGGCAGGGUCUUCCAGGCCAAAGCUCCGGGAAUCGUGCCCGGCGAGGACCACAUCAUGGUCGCCGUGAAAAUGCUGAAGGACGAGGCGAGUCUGGACAUGCAGCGCGACUUUGAACACGAGGCUUUACUCAUGUCGGAGUUCGAUCACCCGAACAUUGUGAAACUGCUGGGCGUGUGCGCGGUGGGCCGGCCGCUGUGUCUACUGUUUGAGUACAUGGGACACGGGGAUCUGAACGAGUUCCUGCGUCUGUCCAGCUCCAGCCAGUACCUGAUCCGGCGGGAGGGCAGGACUACGGCCACCCUGCCCAAACUGGACAACAUCGACCAGCUUCACGUCGCCAAACAGAUCGCCUCCGGGAUGAAAUACCUGGAGAGGAAGAACUUCGUACAUCGGGACCUGGCCACGCGGAACUGCCUGGUCGGGGAGGGAUUAACCGUCAAAAUCGCAGACUUCGGACUGGCGCGGCAGAUGUAUUCCUCGGAUUACUACAAGGCGGACGAAAACGACGCAGUGCCGAUCAGAUGGAUCCCCCCGGAGUCUAUACUGUACAACAAGUACACGACGGAGUCAGAUGUGUGGGCAUACGGGGUGGUGCUGUGGGAGAUCUACUCCUUCGCUCUGCAGCCUUACUAUGGCAUGACACAUGAGGAGGUCAUCAGAUAUGUGCGUGAUGGGAACGUCCUCUCCCAGCCUGACACCUGUCCACACGAGGUGUACCAGCUGAUGAGGAGGUGUUGGUCCAAGGUUCCGUCCAAUCGUCCGUCCUUCGCCACCAUCUACAAGGCGCUGUGCACCAUCUUCGACGAGUACGUCAACAGAGCAACCAUGGUGACCAACGUCACGUGAAGUUUUCUCAUCGUUAAGUCAUCGCUAAGUACAACUGUAUAUCCAAUAUUUGGACAAAUCAGGAGAAAAUGUAGCCUGGGUACCAUUCUGGGUAUUUUUCGUCCGCUCGCAUAGUCGCUAUCAACAAACCAUAGCUGGUCGUUAGAGACUGUGGGAGCGGACGUAAACUAACCAGGAUGGUUCCCAGGCUAGAGAAAAUCAACAAUACACAGAAUAAAAGAGAAAGUGUAGUGAAAGCACUACAAUGUAAUUAUGGAAAGUGACUUUCUCUUGUUAAAUAGGAAACACAGUGACUGUAGAAUGACCUACAGGUACAAAUGUAGCAGUAAUCAUAGGAGAGGUGUGAUACCUUGUAGACUUGAUCAGUGGAGAUACAGUAUGUGUAUCUCUUGACUGAGAUGCUAUGAACUGAACUGAACUGAUGCCAAAGUUUUGGAGCAGGAUUCCGAAUAAUAAUAAUCUGCUUUUUUGCCAGUUGGACUGAAAAAACAACAGCGACUGAAACAUGAUUAAGUAAAAAUCAUGUUUGUUGAGCCUCUGUACUAGUGAGGAUACUGACCAGAAAACUACCAGAAUUUCUAUUGCAAGGAUUAUGAAAACAGUACAGAGACAUACAUUUGUACUCUAAGACUUGUAUGUAGCAUGGUGACCAGGCCUGAAUUUACAUGGAAGACAGAGUGCGUUAACAGUAUUGUUAAUUUGUACACGUACUGCUCAUUUGCUGUUUUUCCAAAACGAUCUGCUAUGUUGACACAAAAUUGCGUUGCUUGCUGAACAUGUGAAAUUUUGUAAUCCAUUUAAUUGAACUGGGAUGUAAUUCUAAUAUGAACAAUGUAAAUACAAUGCUGGUACAAGAGGAGCAAGAGAAACUUUCUUUUGAAAGUACAAGUCUCAAAUGACUGGUAAAGGCAAACUAUGGUACAUGUGGGAAAAGCAUGGUUGGGAACAAUUAUACAUGGGUACAAGAUCAAGGUUGUAUGUUGAGUUGGUUGUAGAUAUUUAUACAAUGGAAAGGUUUGCUUUUGAAAAGUUUUGUUGCUACACAGUUUGAUGCAAAUGUUGACAUGUAAAAAAA